ACAGAGAGGACAGGGGCUGCAGAAGACAACAAGCAAGCGAGCAGAGAGCAGUCAGAUUACAGCUGGAUCUACACACACACACACACGCACGCAUGCACGCACACUCUCCCUGACUUCCUCUCUUUUUCUAUCGUACCCUCUUGCAACACAGCAGCAUCAUGAGUGGCCACACAGAGGGGGUUUUCCUCUCUCCGCCAAGGGAGUGAAGAGGAGGACAGACAAGAAGGAAGAAGAAGACUGAGGAGGAAGCAAGAGACAGGGAGAAGAGAAGAAAAACAGGAAGGCUCCAAACUUUCCUCUGAAGGAUCUUCCCACCUCACACUGAGACCAUGAGGCUGUGAAUCCCUCCUUCUUCUCUCCACUCGCAGACCUCUUCGUUACCUGACCCCAUGUCUCUGAAAGGGAGACCCACCUCUCACAGCACAGGCACCCAUCCCUGGAUGCUGCUCUACCCCCUGUUCUGUGCUGUGGUCCUGGCUAGAGGCUCCACACUGAGCCCCAAGGACUCGCAGCGCACGGCUGCCAUGUCGCUGCCAGAGGACUGGACCAGUACCACGAUCCAGCUGCAACCCGACCUGCAGACUGAAGCCCAGACACAGACGGAAGCACAGACAGAGGCUCUGACAGACACGCCGACUCAGAGCACCACUAACAACUACACAGGUCUGUCCUGUAUUCCUGUCUUGCCUCCACGUCGGGGGUCCUUCUAUGUAGAGAGCGGCACAGGUGUGUCGAUAGGCAGCGUGUUGGCCUUCUGGUGCAGAGAGGGGUACCAGCUGGUCGGCAGCGACAAAAUCUACUGCAAUGUCAGAAACGGCAAGCCGCAGUGGAGCAACUACCUGCCUGUCUGUGAAGCGAUCCCCAGACCUGAGGACCGCGGCCUUCGAGUGGCUGUAUUGGCUUCAGUGGUGAGUGGCAUCGUCAUACUCGCCAUGUCCCUGUCCUUCCUUAUCUGCUGCCUGCAGGAACGAUCCAGUCGGGACCGAGCCAAGAAGGAGGGACGGAGCAGGCGCAGAGAGAAGCGCUCAGCCCGUCGCAGUGAGUGCUGGCUGGAGAGAGAAGAAGGUGAGUGGGAAGCGUUCCCUCCUCCCAAGAUCUUCCAUCUCUCCCAGAGGAUGAAUCCUCGGCUGGCUCCUGACAGCCCCCUCUACCUGACUGGAGGACUCAGUGGAUAUGAGAACAGAGGAUACCAGAGGAGUCAGGAGAGUUUGCUGAAGGCCUCCAUGACCGGUCUCUACCGCUCUGAGUCUCAGCUUUACCCGCACGUUGUCCUGCAGAGAGUCCCGACUCCAACAGCACCCUCUGCCCCUUCCGCUCCAUCCGCCCCACUCUACCUCCACCUCCCGUCCUCCUCCGCUGCCUCCACACCCGUCCACACAACCUCCCAAAGCCAGCCUCACAUCAUGGCGCAGUAUCCCACCCCGACGUACCCACCCAACCCCAACACAGCUGUGCCCGCCUACCCCCACCCGACACCGGCGCCUAUCUACCCCAACCCCAACCCAACACCACAGCGGCCAUGGCAGUAGCUACAACUCCCACUUUCCAUCAUCUCAAGCGGACACGAUAAGAUGGUGUAGAAAUGGAGAUGCAGCCAGUGUAGAAGCUCCCCCUUUUGCUGCAUGCUUGCUGAACUUUUCCUGCAUUUUGGACUUAAAAGGAACUGAACACAGUUUUUUUUCUCCCUGAUUCUUACUGAUCUGCUGCUGCUGCUGCAUUCUCUGCAAGA